AUGCUGGCUCCAACUUCUCCUCAUGCCGAGCUGCAGGAGGACGUGGAGCCAGAGCUGUUGAGGGGCGUCCCGCUUCAGGUAGCAUUGGCUGGCUGGGCACGGCACUGGGCGUCUGCAAGCAGUGGCCGCUUCGGAUCGGAGGCUAUUUGCUAUCAGCUGAGUGUUCCGUGCGAGAGUUUCGGCUACUUCCUCAGUCAUGACUGGGAGACCUCUCGCUUUCAGAAGCUUUUAUGUUUGCUGAUUGUCUUCAACUCCCGCGCUGCACUGAUGGCCUCCUUCACGACGAGUGCCUGUGUCGGCCUGCUGGAGGUCUUGAUCGGUCUCCCCAUGAACCUUUGGACUCCCGGCCUGGGUUUCGCGGCCUACUUCCUGGUUCUCGGUUUCUGGCAGCGCCUUCGGAAGGUCUUCCGCGAGGCGCAGAUUGUCUUCCUGGACAAACUCUGCAUUGCGCAGCAUGACGCGGUCAAGAAGGAGAAAGGUAUUCUCGGAUUGGCAGGGUUUCUGCAUCGCUCGGACAGGCUGCUCGUGCUUUGGUCACCGAGAUACUUUACCAGACUUUGGUGCGCCUACGAGAUUGCGACUUUCAUGAAGGAUCACAAACGGGCAAAGUCCAUUCUCGUUAUGCCGGUGAAGACUGCCAGCCUCUUCUUCCUUUAUUCGGCAAGCUGGCAUCUGCUGACUUACUGCUACUACAUCGUUGAUGAUGCGGCUGACGGCCGCUCCAUUCUGCAGCAGACCAUACUCGUCGGGCCUGUGUUCAUAGCAAUCUGCGCAGUGGUGAUGCCGUCAGUUUAUGCGCUGGGAAUUGGGAUGAUGAAGGAUGUCGAGGAGUUGCCGGCUCAGCUGCGCAGCUUUGACGUGCGGAAGGUUGUGCCUUCCAAGACCACCUUCAUCCUGAGACGGGUCGAAGGGUUCCAUGUGAUCGAAAGCUGGCGCCUUGGUGGCCCUUCGGGCAUGAUCGUUUGCAGGAGCAGGAGUGGAAGAUGCAGUGAUGAUGCGGAGAAUGUAGUGCUCCGCAUGCUGCAGAAGUGGUACAGUUGCUCCACCGAGGACGAGGGCUAUCUUGAGCAGUUCAAUUGCUUGGUUCGCACGGAGCUUGCGCCCUGGAUUCUACGUCAUGUUGGCAGCGACACGGUGCCUUUCAGCUACUCUUUCUACAUGGUUGCAGCUCCAAAUGUGCCGUUUCUUGCUUAUUACAUCCCAAGGUGGUUUGACCAAGCUCCUAGAGGUGUGGGUUUCUGGCGGCUCUUCGUGUGGAUUCUUCGUCAUGUUAUGGGAUGGAUGAUCCUUUGCUUGGUCGCGCUCUUCUCUGUGCGUGUGUCCAUGUACCUCUGGAAGGUGGGCUACCACCUCUCAAAGAAGAAGUGUAGGCUCCUGGUGUCUGUGGCCCUGGUGCCUGUGAUGUUGAUUCUGGGCACUUGCGCCUGGCUGCCUUUCCAGCUGGCCUAUGCGACGACAGAGGAAUAUGAUAUCCUACCUGUGAUCCCGUUCGGAUUGCUUGUCCUUGCCGUUCGGUAUCUGUAUCGCCCGGCCAACGCCAGCCUAGCCAUGGAGACUCCGGAGGAUGCCACCGUGGAGGCGACGGAUGCCGAGUCUCAGAGCUCAGCCAGCCAAAGUUCCAUUUUCAGCAUCUGA